GCAAAAGUUCAAUAAUAAGAGAGAAAAAUUUUUUAACGGUUAAAGAUUAUCAAAUCUCACAAUUUCUCUCCCAAAGAAAUUUUAUAUAAAAAAACCAGAAUAAUCUCUUAAAAUGACCACAAAACGCCUUAAUCAAAUCGAAAAACAUUUAUCUCCAAUGGAUUCUGCAAAUUCAAUAUUCCAAGAAAUUCCUCUUGCUCCUCCAGAUGUCAUUUUUAACCUCACUGCUACAUACAAGGCAGAUACCUUUGCUCAAAAAGUUAACUUGGGUGUAGGAGCAUAUCGAGACGAUGCAGGAAAACCCUGGAUAUUACCUGUUGUAAAAAAGGCCGAACAAGCCAUUGUUAAUGAUUCCUCAAUAGAUCAUGAGUACCUUCCUAUAUUGGGUCUUGCACCUUUUAGAGAAGCGUCCAUUAGGUUAAUUCUUGGUGCUGAUAAUUCUGCUAUUAAAGAAAAUAGAGUUACAGCUGCUCAGACGAUUUCUGGUACAGGCGCCAACCAUCUUGGUGCCCUAUUUUUGUCAAGAUUUUAUUCUAAAGAAGUUCCAUUUUAUGUAUCUAAUCCAACAUGGGCAAACCACAAACCAAUUUUUAAUAACGUUGGUUUUGAGACAAAAGACUACGCUUAUUUUAAUCCGAAGAAUAAUGGAUUAGAUAUUGAUGGUUUACUAGCAGACCUUAAGUCUGCACCUGAAGGAUCGAUUAUUCUAUUGCAUGCUUGUGCCCAUAAUCCAACAGGUGUUGAUCCUACAAAAGAUCAAUGGAAAGCAAUCGCAGAUGUUAUCGAAUCAAAGAAACAUUUUCCAUUCUUUGAUUGUGCAUAUCAAGGAUUUGCUAGUGGAGAUUUAGAUCGUGAUGCUUGGGCUGUGCGUUACUUUGUAGAACGCGGGUUCGAAUUACUUGUUUGCCAAUCUUAUGCAAAAAAUUUUGGUCUAUAUGGACAACGUGCUGGUUGUUUAACAUUCGUGUUACGAAAUGCUGAUGCAGCUGCUCGUGUAAGUUCUCAACUAGCUAAAUUACAACGUUCUGAGAUUUCAAAUCCCCCACUACAUGGUGUUCGUAUAGUUAGUAAAGUAUUAAAUGAUCCCAACCUUUAUGCUGAAUGGACUGAAAAUCUUAAAACGAUGAGUGGACGUAUUAGUAAUAUGCGUAAAGCUUUGUAUGAUAAACUUAUUCAAUAUAAAACUCCUGGCACUUGGGAACAUAUUAUUAAUCAAAUUGGAAUGUUUUCUUUUACUGGACUUAAAGCCUCGCAAGUUAAAGUUCUUAAAGAAAAAUAUCAUAUUUAUCUUACAGAUAAUGGACGUAUUUCUAUGGCAGGAAUAUCUACUUCAAAUGUAGAAUAUUUUGCAGAUGCUGUAAAUUAUGUUGUAAGAAAUGCUUAAUUUUAAGCAGGCACCACCUUAUUAUUUAACAAACUAAAAAAAAAACUAUUUUUUAUUUUAUUUAAGUAAUUAUUAUUGCAUUAUUAAAUAAAAAAUUGGUUCAACCCUAA